AGAUGCUGGUAUCAUGCACAGUAUACGGCAUCUCCUAUUUCUUCUCUAUUGACCCAGAGAAAAUGGGGUUUUGAACCACUAUUGUGGUUAAAAGUACGCAAUACAAACUUGCCACACAUGUAUCUGGACCGGCUUGACCCAGAUACAGGAGCAUCUGUAUUUCCAGCAAUUGUUCCUUGGUCUGUGGUUGGACAUUACCUUUGAGUAUUUAAACUCUCCUGCCAGAGACAGUUCAUCAGCUCAUUCAGAGACCUGAUAUCCUGCUGAAGGAAAGCUGCGAGGAUGAGAAAGCUUAUCUUGUGCGUCUCUGUUAUGCUGGUGCUGCUGGUGGCGCUGAGCAACAGCAGUCGCAUAUGCUGCAGACAGUACCAACACAAGCCAAUUCAUGUGAAAUUUCUGAAACAUUACACAAUCCAGAAGCUCACAGAUUACUGCAACAUCAAGGCAAUAAUCUUCAAGACAUUGAAAAACAGACCUCUCUGCGGUGAUCCUGACAAAAAAUGGGUACAAAAGGCCAUGGAGUCUGUACCAGAGUAA